AUGGAUUUCAGGCGUUCGUUUAACAAUGAGGGUGAAGACUCGAUUAGGAGUACCUCCGAUGAUAGUUGCGGACAUUAUUGUGCGAGUGAUGAUGAAUACAACGACGAUGAAUACCUCGAGUGCAAUGAGGGACGCGAAAGCAAGGAAAAAGGUGUAGGGGUUGCCGUUGAUUGUAAUGGGUCGGGUGAUGCAGAUGAUGCGGCAGAGGGUGGUCUCUGUCGGCCAGUCGGUGCGAAUGACUUCUUGGGAAAAGAGUUUGCGACAGAGGAUGAUGCUUAUGCUGCCUACAAGGAAUUUGCUAAAUUAAGAGGUUUUGGAGUUCGGAAGGGAGAUGUAGCUCGUGUGAAUGUGGUGUUGAUUAGGAGAGAUUUUUUUUGCCAUCGACAAGGUAGAAGACAUCGUAAGCACUCUGACUGUCCUGAGCGAGUAAGGGAGGAGAGGUUGGAGAGUUGCACGAACUGUAAGGCAAAGAUGAAGAUUUACUAUGAUAUACAAGAUAAUGUGUGGAGGGUCAAGACCAUCGUGGACGAACACAACCACGAACUUGCCCCAACAGUGUUCGCACGUCUCUUUCCUAGUCAUCGGAAGAUGAGUGACGGUGACAAGGCACAGGUGGCAUGCUCCAGUUUACAAAACAGGAUCUGUAUAAUUAUGUGCACGGGCAAAAGAUUGCGUGAAUAUACAAUGGCGACGUCGCGGCGACUAUCAGUUACUUGGAGGAAAAGGCAAAUGCUGACAUGA